CGUCAUCAUUCUCGCUUCCCGGUAACUAAGGCGAUGAGAGGGACUUCCUAAGGUGAACGGAAGUUAUGUUGGAUCAGGGCGAAUCCCUGAGGCGUGCAGGCAGCACCUAGGAAGCAAUCCGGCAGACACUGGAGUUUUCUGAAGGACAAACGUUUAGAGGUGAACGUGGAGGAACUUAGGAUCUGAGGAGUUUUGGUUUUGUGGACUAAGGCACGACUGUCUUGCCCUAUUCCAAGAUGCCGGCGCGGCUUCACUGAAAGUCUUGCUUCCGCUCCUCCGCCGGAGAGGCCCUCUUUGAUUGGCCAGCGGACGGCGCCGUGGAGUGACACACAGGAGCGCUGACCAGUCGGCUGAGAGCUGAGCUGGACUUGGCGGUGGGAGCCGGAGCAGGGCUCUAGCAGCUGUGGGUGCGGACAAGGCCAGGUGAACGGCUCCUGCCAGUUUCUUUUUAGACUAUGGCAACAUAUCUGGAGUUCAUUCAGCAGAAUGAAGAACGGGAUGGUGUGCGCUUUAGUUGGAACGUGUGGCCUUCCAGCCGUCUUGAGGCUACGAGAAUGGUUGUUCCCCUGGCUUGUCUCCUUACUCCUUUGAAAGAACGUCCAGACCUGCCUCCCGUACAGUAUGAACCUGUGCUUUGUAGCCGGACAACUUGCAAAGCCAUUCUGAAUCCACUUUGUCAGGUUGAUUAUCGAGCGAAACUUUGGGCCUGUAAUUUCUGUUUCCAAAGAAAUCAGUUUCCUCCUGCUUACACAGGUAUAUCUGAGGUGAAUCAGCCUGCUGAAUUAAUGCCCCAGUUUUCUACAAUUGAGUACGUGAUACAGCGAGGUGCUCAGUCCCCUCUGAUCUUCCUCUAUGUGGUUGACACGUGCCUAGAAGAAGAUGACCUUCAAGCACUCAAAGAAUCCCUGCAAAUGUCCCUGAGUCUCCUUCCUCCAGAUGCUCUGGUGGGUUUGAUCACAUUUGGGAGGAUGGUGCAGGUUCACGAACUCAGCUGUGAAGGAAUUUCCAAAAGUUAUGUCUUCCGAGGGACAAAGGAUUUAACCGCAAAGCAAAUACAGGAUAUGCUGGGCCUCACCAAGCCUGCCAUGCCCAUGCAGCAAGCAAGACCUGGUCAACCACAGGAGCAGCCUUUUGUUUCAGGCAGAUUUCUGCAGCCCAUUCACAAGAUUGACAUGAACCUCACUGAUCUCCUUGGGGAGCUGCAGAGGGACCCAUGGCCCGUGACUCAGGGGAAGAGACCUUUGCGAUCCACUGGUGUUGCUUUGUCCAUUGCUGUUGGCCUGUUGGAGGGUACUUUUCCAAACACGGGAGCCAGGAUUAUGUUGUUUACCGGGGGUCCCCCCACCCAAGGGCCUGGCAUGGUGGUCGGAGAUGAAUUAAAGGUUCCUAUUCGUUCCUGGCAUGAUAUUGAGAAAGAUAAUGCACGUUUCAUGAAAAAGGCAACCAAGCACUAUGAAAUGCUUGCUAACCGAACUGCUACAAAUGGUCACUGCAUUGAUAUUUACGCUUGUGCCCUUGAUCAGACUGGACUUCUGGAGAUGAAGUGUUGUGCAAAUCUUACCGGAGGGCACAUGGUGAUGGGAGACUCUUUCAACACUUCUCUCUUCAAGCAGACGUUCCAAAGAAUUUUUAGUAAAGAUUUCAAUGGAGAUUUCCGCAUGGCAUUUGGUGCUACUUUGGAAGUGAAGACCUCUCGGGAACUGAAAGUUGCAGGAGCCAUCGGUCCUUGUGUGUCUCUGAAUGUGAAAGGACCAUGUGUGUCAGAAAACGAACUUGGUGUUGGUGGCUCGAGUCAGUGGAAAAUCUGUGGCCUGGAUCCCACAUCUACGCUUGGCAUCUACUUUGAAGUAGUCAAUCAGCACAGUGCCCCGGUCCCCCAAGGAGGCAGAGGUGCCGUCCAGUUUGUCACGCAGUAUCAACACUCCAGCACCCAGAGACGCAUCCGCGUGACCACCAUUGCCAGAAAUUGGGCAGAUGCGCAGAGCCAGCUCAGGCACAUAGAAGCAGCAUUUGACCAGGAGGCUGCAGCAGUCUUGAUGGCUCGGCUGGGAGUGUUCCGCGCAGAGUCAGAGGAGGGGCCCGAUGUGCUCCGGUGGCUGGACCGACAGCUCAUCCGACUGUGUCAGAAGUUUGGACAGUAUAACAAAGAAGACCCCACGUCUUUUAGGUUAUCAGAUUCCUUCUCUCUGUAUCCUCAGUUCAUGUUCCAUCUUAGAAGAUCUCCAUUUCUCCAAGUGUUUAACAACAGUCCUGACGAGUCGUCAUAUUACAGACACCAUUUUGCCCGACAGGAUCUAACCCAGUCCCUCAUCAUGAUCCAGCCCAUUCUGUACUCCUAUUCAUUCCACGGGCCGCCAGAGCCAGUACUCUUGGACAGCAGCAGCAUUCUAGCUGACAGAAUUUUGCUGAUGGAUACUUUCUUCCAAAUUGUCAUUUAUCUUGGUGAGACCAUAGCCCAGUGGCGUAAAGCUGGGUACCAGGACAUGCCUGAGUAUGAAAACUUCAAGCACCUCCUGCAAGCACCACUGGAUGAUGCCCAAGAGAUUCUGCAAGCACGCUUCCCCAUGCCACGUUACAUUAACACGGAGCACGGAGGCAGCCAGGCUCGAUUCCUCUUGUCCAAAGUGAACCCAUCUCAGACACACAAUAACCUGUAUGCCUGGGGACAGGAAACAGGAGCACCCAUCCUAACUGAUGAUGUUAGCCUGCAGGUGUUCAUGGAUCAUUUGAAGAAGCUGGCUGUCUCCAGUGCUUGUUAAGCUGGAAGAUGUGAGCAGAACAUUGAAGAACACAUCGGAUUGUGUUCACAAUUGCUGAUAACGGCUUAAAAACAUUCCUUUCACUUUACUUGUGGGUUUUAAUAAAUAAUCAAAGGAAGCAUUGUGUGUAACUCUUUAGAUUAUAAUUUAUUUGUAUUCCUUAUUGUGCCCCUCUUCCUGCAUCAUGAAGUUGUAAGGUCAUAAAUGUUUUGGUACUUGUAGAUGUUUAUAUGCUUUUUAUAUCCUAACUUUACAGUUAUAUAAAAUCAGAGGUAAUGUAUUUUGGCAACUUACUUAGGUGAAAAUCAUAAUGAUCAGAAAGGAAAUCUGGAUAAAGAAAGCACCGGCUAAAAUAAUGCUAAUACAGAUUUGAUUUCCUGAAGUCUCUGUGUGUGUAUGUGUGUGUUUUUAGUGACUCCCCUGAGAGAUAUUUCCUGAACUUAAUCCUCAUUUUCUGUCUUAAUGUUAACCGAGGGAAAGCUUGAAAUAUGUGAAACUUUAUCAUCAAGGCAGAGCUGUCUGGAGUGCACUGUCCCUAACUCACAUGUAAACAGCGCAGCCCAGGUAGCCAUAAAGAGUGGCUGAUGGGCAUCAGUGGCUGUAAUAGAGUGAUAAUACAUUUAUCUCGGGCAUCAAGUAAAAUAAACAGGUACUGUUUUUUAAUCAAAGUAAUAUAUGCAUGGUUUUAAGAAACAAAACAAAACAACGUAUCCUAAAGAGCUUUAUAAUAACAGUUCACUCCUUGAGCCUAGAACUACUCUUUAGAGGUGACUGGUUUUAACCUUUCCUUUCAAGUUAUUUGUUGAUGUAUCAGUGUUAGGCAAUGUGUCUCUCAAUUCCCAUUUUCCAGAAUGAGGACCUUUCUAUACCUUUAUUUUUAUAUUAUCAAGGUUGGUAAAAUUUACAUUCCAACCUAUAACCACAGUUAUGUCUUCUGUUUCAAAGUUCAUUCUGAAAGUUGAAAAACUAAUAAAGAUCAUUUACACAGUUGU